GAGGGGCCGGCGACGCCGAGCGGGCCGGCAGACGCCAGGUCCGUGAGUGCCUGCAGAGCUGGAAGGUCUCGGCUUCAGCCUCGAUUGCCGUUCUAAAAUUCUGGAUGGGAUGGAGAAGGGCGGGGAGAAAGAACCACCACUAGCUACAAUAUGGAGAGAUCCUAGCACCAUGGGAACCCCAGCCUCUGUUACCUGUGAUUUGCCACAGAAUCAAAUUGUUAAAUCAUGUACCAGAAAAAGAGCAUCUGCCAAUAUUUUCCAGGGGGUGGGGUUACUGCAAUUACGUCGUCUCUUCCGUAGCAGUGGGGAUAUGCAAGCAGAAGAACGAGCCCAGCUAAUUUGGGAACGCGCAGAAAGCCACUGCAUUACUCGGGCCUUACAACAGCUUCACAGAAGGCAGAGAAAACUGAAGCUGCAAGCCAAUGGGAGGCCUCCAUCUGGAAAGGGCAGUAGUAGUAGGCUGCUAGAGCUACAGCACUUCAGUCACUUAAGGAUUGAAGACUGUAAUACAUCUUCUGCUGCUGUUCAUGCUGACAGUAGGAAAGAGAUAGAGACAGCAGAUGGAAGUGGCCACUACAUUGCUUCCCAAUAUAGGAAGAAGGAAAAUGAGAUGGGUGUGACUGCAUACACAAUGAAAAAUGAUUGUGAUCGUAUGCCAGUGAUUGUGGCUGAGUGUAAUCAGACUAGCCUGGAGAAGCCUCAAAGGGAGAAUGUUUGACAAAUGAUUGCAGGUAACAGCAGAAAAAAAUUUAAAAAUUCUUUUGCUCUCCAGCACUUUGGUUUGCUAAUUUAGAGACUUGAUCAGUUUAUGUCAAAGCACAAACACUACGUAUUUUGACUAUUUAUGGUUUAUAUUUAAUAAAGCUUCCUGCCUGAAUGUAA